AUGUCACAGGUUGAAGCAACUCACACACCUGUACAAACACCUUCAUCAGAAAGUUUCAGUAAGAUGGAUGAAUCAUUAAUCAAACAAUCACAACAAGAGGAAGAACAAUCAAAACAAGUGGAAGAACACUUACAACCACUUUCUCCACCUAAUCCAUCUCCAACUCCAGAAAAGAGGAAAUUGGAAGAAGAUGAAGAUCAAGAGGAUGAUCCUGAGUCAAAACGAUUGAAAACGGAUACUGUGGCGACUACGGAAGAGGAACAAAAACAGGAAGAGGAAGUAGAACCGACAAACGAAGAAGGUGCUACGGGAGCUACUGAAUCUGCUCCAGUCGAAACAGAAGAACAGAAUCCAGAGGAAUCUGCUCCUGUCGAAACAACAGAAGAGCAGAAACAAGAGGAAUCUGAGGCACCAACUGAGCCAAUAAAACAGGAUGACUCAGCAGAACAACAGACAGAAACACCAAUACAGGAAACAGCUGAACCUGAACCAGCACCAAAACCAGUCUUCACUGAACCAGCACCCAAACCUGCUCCAGAACCAGAUAUGAACAAUUUACCAGCCAACCCACUCCCACCUCAUCAAGCCAAAUUUGCCCUUAAUAUCAUAAAAGCUAUAAAACGACUUCGAGAUGCAGUUCCAUUCUUACAUCCAGUUGAUAUUGUUAAAUUGAAUAUCCCAUUUUAUUAUAAUUAUAUCCCUAGACCAAUGGAUUUAUCUACGAUUGAACGUAAGAUUACUUGUAAUGCUUAUGAAGAACCUUCACAAAUUGUCGAAGAUUUUAAUUUAAUGGUUGAUAAUUGUAAGAAAUUCAAUGGGGAAGCAGCUGGGAUUUCUAAAAUGGCAAUGAAUAUUCAAGCUCAUUUUGAAAAACAUAUGUUGAAUUUCCCUCCAAAGGUAUUAUCAACACCAGUAGCCGCCAGUACUCCACCAGUGGCAAAAUCUGCAUCACCAACUUCCACCAAAAGAAAAAGAAGUGUGGACGCUACAGCAACCCCAACAACCAGCACCCAACAUAGAGACUCGAUAGCUGCGCAAAGACCAAAAAGAACCAUUCACCCACCAAAAUCAAAAGAAUUACCAUAUGAUGUCCGUCCAAGAAAGAAGAAAUUCGCUGCCGAAUUACGAUUCUGUAAUCAAACAAUUAAAGAUUUAGUGUCCAAAAAACACUAUAAUUACAACUUCCCAUUCUUGACUCCUGUCGACCCGGUGGCAUUAAAUAUCCCUAAUUAUAAUGAGAUUGUCAAGAAUCCAAUGGAUUUGGGUACUAUUCAAACCAAACUCGCCAAUAAUCAAUAUGAAAAUGCCGAUCAAUUCGAACAUGAUGUAAGAUUAGUAUUUACCAAUUGUUAUCUUUUCAAUCCUGAAGGUACUGAUGUUAACAUGAUGGGACAUAGAUUAGAAUCGGUGUUUGAAAAGAAAUGGGCUAAUAAACCAGUACCAGAACCUACUCCACCAAAUUCAGAUGUGAGUGAUGGUGAAGUAUCCAGUGAUGAAGAUGAUGAUGACGUAGAGAUUAAUGAAGCAAUGUUGUCCGAUGUACCAGCAAUACAAUUUUUAGAAAAUCAAUUGAUUAGAAUGAAGAAGGAAUUGGAUGAAUUGAAGAAGGAACAUUUGAAAAAAUUAAAAGAACAACAAGCAGCAAAACGUAAGAAGAAGAAGGCCAAGAAGGCAAGAUCAAGAUCUCAUAGGUCUUCUAAAGAUCAUUCAGCAACUCACCAACAACCACCAAAAAUAACCCCACCUGCACCUGUUGUCACCUAUGAAAUGAAGAAACAAGUUUCUGAAACUGUGCCUAACCUUUCUGAUAAGAAAUUGCAAGCAUUAAUCAAAAUCAUUAAAGAUGAUGUUGAGAUCAAUAAUGAAGAUGAAGUUGAAUUAGAUAUGGAUCAAUUAGCCGAUUCUACAGUAUUGAAAUUAUAUGAUUUCUUAUUCGGCAAGAAAUUAAAAGCAGGUGCUAAGAAAAAGCUUACCCCUACAGCGGGUUCAAAUAUUGAUGAAUUGGCUCAUUUAAGAAGUCAAUUGGCACUUUUCGAUGGUGAGGGUGGAAGUAAUGGAGGAAAUGGAUUUAUGGGUAUAACUAAAAACCAAGAAUCUUCAGAUGAAGAUGAUGAUGAUGCUUCAAGUGAAAGUUCUGAGGAAGAGUAG